AUGGUUGAACACUUUGGCUGCCUCAGCUCCUCUCUUUGUCAAAGUGAAACAUUGAUCACACCUGAGGGCUUUAAAGAACUGAAAACAAACUUCUGCAGUUCAUGCAGAGCUGACUCUAUUUCAAAAGCUUUAAUUUGUUUAUCAGGAGCAACAGGUGUGUUGAAUAAAGAGAGCAUCUGCUUCAGAGAGAGAGAGAGCAGCUCCUCUGGCUCCAGACCUGACAGAGAGUCUGUGCAUGCACAGUCCAGCUCAGUCUGCUAACUGGGAGGUUUGUGAGGACAGACUGUGAGAGCAGCUGCUGUCAUGGCUCCUGAGUUCUUGAUUUUAAGAAUAUUGCUGGUUUUCUUAUUAAGGGAGUUGGACUACUCAUCAGCUUUUCCAAUAGGCAGAAGUUUGAUGCACCCUGAGCCAUGGCAGAAACGAGAAGUAUAUGGUUAUGGGAAUCGUCGCCCCCUGCAGUACAUCCGGUCUCUGAGGCAGGCUCACAGAAAACCCAGUUUCAGUGAUCAGGUUCCUAUCCAAAACUUGGAAAAACCCCAGGAAAAUUCUUUAAGGGCUCGUAGCUUUUCCCAGAUACAAAAUGAGCCAGAUCUGUGGACUGAAACCCAGAGCCUGCAUCUUCCAUGGACUGAGCAGACUACAGAAAGCACAGCAGAAAUAUCUGCACCACAGAGAACUCCAGUUUUUACACCCAGAAGCUUUCAAUUUAACUUAAGCAUCCCUUUUGCCAGCUUUCCAGAUGUACAUAAAGGAAAAACUUCAAAUCUUAUAGUCUCUGAUUUUAACAGUGAUGUGAAAGAUGGUACUGCUGAUUUUUUACAAUCACACAGGCCAACCAGUGUUCAAAUCUCUAGCAGUUUUAACAGCCCAGUUGCUUCAGACAGUGUUUCAGGGAAGGGUUCCUCGAAAGACCCAAAUGGAGGACAAAAUAUUCCUGAUGUUAUCAAGCCAACCUUUCAGUUGAGCUUGUCUGUUCCUAUUCCCCCUCCGACUCCAUCUCCAAAACCUUCUGCUGGCAAAGUUGACUAUCCUGAAAAUGUAAAAAUACCGGAGGCUAGCAGUUUUGUCCAGAGCACUUACAUGGAGCCGACAUAUCUAAAACCACAUUUAAACCAAGUUGAGCCUGAAUGGGUUCAUACACAAUACCAACCUGAUGAGCUUAUUCAUCCAGCUGUAACCCUACAAUAUCCUUCUGUGCAACCUGGCAAUGUCUUCCAUGGAUACUACAGCUCCCAAAACCCUACAAAUGCUGUCUUUGUGGACAGUCAGAAUAGUCAAACACCACAACUUGAUGCCACAAAUAGCCUUCUUUCUCCUCAGCAGUAUGAAAGUGCCCCAAGUGGACAUUACAGUGCCAGUCAGGUCAAACCCAGUGGCAGCAGUGAUGGCCAACUUCAAACCUGGCAGUAUGCUGGUACUCAACUUCCCCUCCCCUUCCCUUCUAAACAGCAUAACUAUGGGCAAUUUGGAGCAUCCUUUGGACAAAAUGUAGAAGCUGAGCCACAGCAGACUCCAGUGUUCCCUUCGUCUCCAACCAUUGUUCAAUCCAAUUCUGAAAUUCCACCAUCUGGUUAUUAUAGUGGAGAAACUGCUACUAGUUAUGUUUAUGGCCAAAACAAUAUGGUGCAAAUAGGACAAGCAUACCUCUCUUCACAGUACAGCAAAGAUCAGAGUGGACGUAUUGUGAUGCCUAACCAUCCCACUACUUCAGAUCCUACAUCAAAUUUCCAGCAUCAGCCAACCGAUUAUCAAACCCAAAUAGGAACCCUAAGUCAGCCUGUUAACCGAGAGCAACCAAAUGGAAAGCCCAAAUAUAUAAAACUCCUUAUUCAUGUGGAUGAUGAAACGGAUCAAGAUCGUGGACAGCACAACUCUUUUGCAGCUCCAGUAGUUAACCAAUAUUCUGGGUGGAUGACAGCAGAAUUACCCAACAGCAAUCCAUCAUCCAACAUGCAUUAUUACAGCCAAACCUCUGGCAUGGACCAUGGCAGAGGCCAAUAUACAUAUCAUCCUCAGCAACAGCUGGAAACUGGGCAAAUGCAGACCCCUGAACCUUUUUCUGGACAAGCUUACCAUGCUCAAAAUGUUGGGGCAAAUGCUGGCUCUGUGCAAACAAACAUCAACCAACAACAAUGGUCAGAAGCAACCCUCUACAACAUGCAAGAUACAGGAUAUGCCAGAAAUGGACACUCUUAUCAGUUGCAGCCAUCUGAAUCAAAAGUGGAGCGUAACUACCUUGUCUCUAGUGAUGGGAAACAGCAGAUGAGUUCAUAUGACUUCAGUCAUUAUACUUACCCUUCCACACCUCAAUACUGAGACAAGCCUUUGACUUCUUCUGUUGUUUGGCAAUCAUUUGACCCAAAUAAUAAUUAUCAGCAGUGAUAAAACAGAGGAAUUCCAUCUAGAUCAGUGCAAGGCAAAGAGCAUCAUCACCAAAACAAGCCUGGUUACCAAGACUGUGGGCUAAAAAAGAUUCAACUGAGGUCUGUGUGCACAGCAGACCAGCAAAAGGAACACAGUGUGUGCAGUCUGAACUGAAGCAGUCAAUUCAAGACUUUCCAUGAGUGCCCAAGCUCUGUCCUGUCUGCUUCUUUAAAUUGUGGCUGGAUGUUAAAGGAGUUUGAAUAAAUUGUUAAAUAUGCUGUAAAAUCAAAUCUUUGUAGGUCUGAAUGGUGUUUUGCUUAGUUAUAUAAACUUGGCAUAUGUAUAUCUCUAUCUUAAAAUUCAACAUAUAAGAGAAGUACAACUUGUAAACAGAGGUUUUUAUUUUCACUGUGAGGCUUAUGGUUUCCAUUUGUAGUAUAUACAUAGAUUUGCAUCAGCCAAUUAUGUACAGCAGUGCUUCCCAAAAUGUGGGUCGGUGCCCACUGUUGGGCCCUGGAUGUCCUUCAAGACACAGGCGACAGGCCAUUGAUAGAUAAAAACCAACCUAUCACACUUUAAAUUAUUAUUAAAUACUUGUUAAAAGAUAAUUUUUUAUAAAAAAAAAGAUCCAGAACUAAAAAUCUCAUCCAAAGGAUUUAAUUUACCUUUUGUCACAGAAUCAGUGUCACAUUUUACAUAGUAUUUGAUUAACUAGUGACUCUCCAUUUAAUUAUUCUUUAAGUCCACUCACUUCCUGAUUUUAAGAAUGCAUUACAGCUUUUGGGGACAUAUUUCUCAAAUAGUGCAGGGUUGCAAAGUACUAAAGAGAAGACUAUUAAAGGAAAUGAAGGUGACUUUCCACAUACCUCAUCAAAAAUAUAAAAACAGUGUUUGCUUGUUAAUUGUACUUUGCAUCUGCAGAUGCUUUUUUCAUAAAUCUGUUAAAGGCACUAAUAAAUUAUUAUAAUUAAAUGUAGUUUUUAGCAGUGAAAAGGGAUGUUUGAAGUUAUUUCAGUUGGCACGAGUUAACUGAAAUAACUGAGUUUUAUGUUAUGGAUGUAUAAGGGUUUGGUGGGCCCCAGAGAAUUUUCACGUACUUUGGCAAGGUGCUCUGCCCAAACAAUGCCAGCCCUGCCCCUUUCUGGGAGAAAACGUUCUUUGAAAAUGAACAUCAGUCAGUGGUAAAGAUUGGGUUAUUAGGGAUUUCAUAGGUUAAAUAUGAAAACUGUACUGCUAAAUGGUUAUUGAGAGCCAAAACCAAAUGGCCAGUAAGAAAAACUUACAUCAGACAUUUAUGAAAAAUAUUUGCAUUGUAACAACAUGAAAUAAAAAAAAUGAUAGCUGUACAUGAGGG